AUGUCUUCUUCGCUACUUCCAUUGACCUCUUCAUUUACUACAUGUCGUUCCAAACCAAACACUUUCAAGGCCCGAACCAACCAAACGCAUGGGUUCAGAGUCUCAUGCAACGUAAAACCAAUAAAUGAUGAUAACAAUGAAACCCAAAAACUCAUCCUGCCUAACAAUAAUGUAGACCGAAGGAACCUCCUUGUGGGUCUUGGCGGUCUCUGCACCGCCGCCAACUUAUCAAACUUGUCAUCAGCAUUAGCUGAGCCCAUUAAGGCCCCUGAUAUCACGUCCAUAUGCAGGGACGCGAACAAAGGGUUUGAUGCUACACAUGCUUUAAGGACAGCUAAAUGUUGUCCUCCAAGCCUUGGAAAAACGAUUAAACCUUUCAAGUUUCCAAGAGGGGAAAAGGUGAGAAUGAGGUGGCCCGCACAUAAAGGGACUAAAGAGCAAGUCGACAAGUACAAACGAGCCAUCGACGCCAUGCGGAAACUACCAGAUGAACACCCGCACAGCUUCAAAAGCCAAGCUUCAAUUCAUUGUGCUUAUUGUAACAGCGGUUACACCCAAGUGGCUAGCGGGCAUCCUGAACUCGAUAUCCAGAUUCAUAACUCGUGGCUCUUCUUUCCGUUCCACCGUUGGUACUUGUAUUUUUACGAAAGAAUCCUGGGUUGUUUGAUCGACGAUCCCACUUUCGCCUUACCUUACUGGAGCUGGGACGAUCCAGCUGGAAUGCAGAUUCCGGAAAUCUUUCUAGGUGACGAAAGCAAUCCAUUGUAUGACGUCUACCGUGACCCGAAUCAUCAACCCCCACUAUUAGUCGACUUAGCAUUCGACGGGAAAGACAAGGAUCCCGAUAUCGAUCAAAAAGAGUGCAAUCUUUUCGCGGUGUACCGUGAUUUGGUUAGGAAUGGAGGUGAUGCCAUAAGUUUCUUUGGAGGUGAGUAUGCAGUUGGUAGUGACACACCCAAUUCCAAAUCCGCCGGAUCCAUGGAACGCCAUUGUCACACUGCGGUCCACAGAUGGGUUGGUGACUCGGUCAAUAAUAGAAAUGGUGAGGACAUGGGUAACUUCUACUCCGCGGGUUAUGACCCCGUGUUUUAUUGCCAUCAUGCUAAUGUUGACCGAAUGUGGAAGCUAUGGAAGGAUUUAGGCAUUCCAGGACACGAGGAACCAACCCACGAGGAUUGGUUAAAUGCUUCGUACGUGUUCUAUGACGAGAAUCAAGACCUUGUACGAGUUAGUAACAAAGACUCGGUUGAUACAAGGAAGCUCAAGUUCGAUUAUGCAAAAUCUGAUCUUAGCGAUCUCCUAUGGAUCAAGAGCCGACCCCCUAAACGUAACAUCAACUCUCAAGCUGCUACCAUCCCAUUAGGAGACGUGAAAUCCUUGGACCAGGUGAAAUUCCCCGUUAAGCUAGACAAGAUCAUCAAGUUCCGUGUGAAGAGGCCAGCUGUCAACAGGACUGACGCCGACAAGGCGAAAUCCAAAGAGACUUUGUUGAUCAAUGGGAUAAAAUUCAACCCUAAUAACUUUCUUAAGUUUGACGUGUUUGUGAAUGACAAGGUUAACGUUGGUACGGACGAAUUUCCCACGCCAUGCGAUCCUGAAUACGCAGGUGGGUUCGCACAGCUUCCACAUGGGGUCGGGGAGCAUAAAAUGUUGAUGUCUAGUGCAGCAAGGUUUGGGUUGGACGAGCUCUUGGAGGACACAAAUACUGAAGGCGACGAGUAUGUUGUGGUCGCGUUGGUGCCAAGGACCGGAACCGAAGAUCUCACCAUCGGGGAAAUCAAGAUCGAGUUGGUUCCCGUUGUCUGA